AUGUUCUCUUCUUCCUCCCUUAGCGCUGCCCUCCUCCUCGCUCUCUCAUGCUGCUUGGCCGUGGCCAGCGCUACUGGCGCCACCCGCGCUUUCUCCGGCGCGGCUCUCCGGGCCAACUCGACGAGCGAUCUCUCCGGCGUGUGGUCGGCGCUCGAUGACAACGGCCAGGUCUAUGCCGUCAAGUUUGUCCAACAGGGCGACCAGCUACUGCUGCCCUCGACCAAGUCCUCCAGCGCGCCGUACUCCAUCAAGGCCACCCUCUACGGCGGCUACGGCCUCGGCCAGGGUGCCCUGUGGCGAAUCAACAACCCCAACGUGUUCUGCUCCUACACGAACGUGGUGGUGGAUGCGGUCGACGCGGGCUUCAUGAAGAUCUCUUGGUUCCCCGCCCCCGCUGCGAACGGCUGCCUGGUCUACGCGGGCAGCUGGACCAAGUACACACGUCCCUACUGA